AAAUUAGGAGAAACUACGAUUGUUAACGGAGAGUUGGCUGGAGGGUUCGACCUACAAGCACCGACAUGAUUGCCACUUUGAAGAAACUACCGUGAAAGAUCAAGAGAACCAAGUUCCAGAUGCCGAACCGCAAGAGAAUUGUGAUGAUGGUGACAUGUUGUGCCAUUGCUCAGGGUAAUUUUAAGUAACCGCAACAACUUGUGGACAAGUUUGUGACUUUUUCUCUUCAUUAUCAAUGAGAAGGAGGAACAUUAGCAAGCAUGGAGCUAAAUCUGGUGAUCUCGGCUCUCCAGUUUAUGAGGUUGAAGAAACACCCAUCUCUAAGCAUCGCACCUGUUGGCUUCAUGUUGUAUAUUGGUUACGUGCUCACAACAAGAGGGUACCUCGGGAAAGGAUAAGGGAAUUUGAAAGGUCUGCUCCAUGUUUUUUCAACAACUUUCCUCACCGUGAACGUUCACAAAGAAGAACCCGGAAGAAGUAUGCAAUUUCUAGGCUAAAAAAGAGACUAGAUUCUGAAGCAUUUUCAUCCUACUUAGAGGUUCUGUGGAGGAGCUUCUCAGAUGAUAAAAGGACUUCAUUUAUAUAUCUGGACUGCUUAUGGUUUAGUUUGUAUAAGAAUGCAUCCUUUAGAAGAAAUGUCCUGUUAUGGAUUAAGAACAAGCACAUUUUCUCAAAGAAAUAUGUCUUUGUUCCUAUAGUGUGCUGGAAUCACUGGUUUCUGCUGAUCUUCUGCAAUUUCGAUGAGAGUUUGGAAUCAAAAACCAGGAGACCGUGCAUGUUGCUGCUUGAUUCAUUGGCAAGGGCGAAUCCUAGGAGGCUUGAACCAGAUAUCAGAAAGUUUGUGUUUGAUAUUUAUGAAUCAGAGGGCAGGAGUGAGAGCAAACGAUUGAUUUCUCAAAUUCCUUUAUUGGUGCCAAAGGUACCACAACAACGAAAUGGUGAUGAAUGUGGUAACUUUGUUCUCUACUUCAUCAAUUUGUUCAUGAAAGAUGCUCCUGAGGAUUUCAGCAUUGAGAGAUUCCCCUACUUUAUGGUAAGAGACUGGUUUGAUCUUGAAGGCUUGGAUGGCUUCUGCGAGAUGCUGGAUUCUCUUGCAAGUGAUUUCAGUUAGUUCGGAUGAACUCUUUGUAUAUUUUCGAGUUUCUAAUCAUUAGUAUUUACAAUUGUAUAAACAUGUGGCAAGGAAGCAUCUAGGAACUGGGGAAAUUAUAUAGGUCAAUUUAUUCCCCCAUGCUUUUGCCAUAAAAUAGUGUCAUUCUGCUGCUUAAUCUUCUAAUCUAGUUUAGAAAUGAUGAUAAGAAGAUUCUCAAUCAGUGUAAUGACUGUAAAUCCUAUUAUCAAACAUUUCUCUCUAUCAAA